AUGCUCAACCCGUUCAGCAGCCGCAUUGCGAGUGGUUCUGUUAGUCCCUUCGUCCGACUUGCGCGCCACCGAUGCCGUCGCAAUCAUGAGCCUCGCUUGGUGGCGGUACGACGGCAUGCCUCGAUCGCACAGCAAUUCCAAAAUGCCGCCCGGUCCGCCACCUCGCCUGCCUCGCCUGCCUCGCCUGCCACGCCCGCACAGCAGCCCCAGGACAGCACCCAGCCCGUCCCGUCUCUCGCCACGCUUGCACAGCAACUUGAGGACAUCGCCCGGUCUGCACAGCAACUUGAGGACAUCGCCCGGUCUGCCCCGCCUCUUGCCACCCUCGCGCUCGAGUCCGAGGCGCAGUACAACGAGAUAAAGGUCCAGCAGAUCAGCAAAAAAAUCUUCAAGCAGGUCUUCCCCCUCGGGCGCGACACGCCCCCCGAAGACCUUGUCAAGCUUUCCGAAGACCACCUUGGCCGCCACGGCCUGUACGGCAAGAACACCGAUAAUAGUAAACCCAUCGCCUUCGAACUGCCCGAUCUUCAGGGCAAUACUCUCGAUGAGCACUUCCACAAACUCGGAGUGGACGCCGCCGAACCGUACUUGACACUCGCCAAACGGUUCGCUCUCGCAAACACUCCACCCCAGCCGCGACAAUGGGAGCACAGGAGCGGCUGGACGGUAUAUUGCGACGGUAUUGCCGAGCCUGUCGAGUACCCACCGGAAAACCUGCUGUGUUUCGACACCGAAGUCAUGUGGAAGGAGCAUCCCUUUGCCGUCAUGGCCUGCGCCGCCUCCCCGACUGCCUGGUACGCCUGGAUUUCUCCCUGGCUGUUGGGUGAGUCUGAUAAUGAGCGCCAACUCAUCCCGCUCGGCGAUCCGACACAGGAUCGCAUCAUUGUCGGCCACAACGUCGGCUACGAUCGGGCCAGGGUCAUGGAGGAAUACAGCCUUGAACAGACGCGCAACUUCUUCAUCGACACCAUGUCACUGCAUGUCGCCGUCAACGGCAUGUGCUCCAGGCAGCGACCCAAAUGGAUGAAGGCCAAGAAGGACCGUGAGUUCCGCGAAAAAAUAGCCCAGGAGACCACUAGCGUAGAGCUUGCCGAGCUUCUCAGGGACGGCUCCUUGUCCCAGGAAGAGGAGGAGCUUUGGGUCGGGAGGAGCUCGGUGAAUUCUCUGCGCGAAGUCGCAAAGUUCCAUCUCCACGUUACCAUCGACAAGGCCAUCCGAGACGACCUCGGGGAGCUGGACCGGGAAGGUAUCUUGGGAAAAUUGGAUGAGCUGCUCGACUAUUGCGCCGCCGACGUGGUCGUCACCCACAGGGUCUACCAGGUCGUAUUCCCCAACUUUCUCAACACAUGCCCGCAUCCCGUCAGCUUUGCGGCGCUGCGCCACCUCUCCUCCGUCAUUCUCCCCGUGAACGAGAGCUGGGACGCCUAUAUUGCCAAGGCCGAGGACGUCUAUCAAAAGCUUUCAGAUGGCGUUGUAGCACGGCUGGUAGCGCUGACGGACAAGGCACUGGAGAUCAAGAAAGACCCGGAGAAAUGGGGAAGUGACCCAUGGCUAAGUCAGCUUGACUGGUCAGGUCAGGAAGUCAGGAUGGCCAAGGGCAAGAAAAAGGGUGACCCUCCCCGGGAAGCACUCCGACAGAAGAAGCCGAGGGAGCCCAAGUGGUACAAGGACCUCUUCCCGAAAGCCACUGGCCCCAUCAAUAUCACAGUACGGAGCCGCAUCGCCCCCCUGCUUCUCCGCCUCUCCUGGGACGGGCACCCCCUUGUAUGGUCCGACAAAUAUGCAUGGGCUUUCCGUGUCCCACGAGGACAAGAAAGCACUUAUAUCGACAAGCAGAUGUUGAAGUGCGAUAUGAGCGACGAGAAGAUCGAAAGGCUGCGCGACGAUAAAGCCCACGUCUACUUCAAACUGCCGCACAAAGACGGCCCAGACGCACGUUGUGGGAACCCGAUGGCUAAGAGUUACCUCCCGUAUUUCGAGAGCGGGGUCUUGACCUCGGAAUAUCCGUACGCUAAAGAAGCGCUCGACAUGAACGCAUCCUGUUCGUACUGGAUCAGCGCUCGCGAUCGCAUCAUGUCUCAGCUAGCGGUCUAUCAAGGCGACUUGCCGUAUACCUGCGGCCCUUUCAGGCCAGAGGAGGCAGAUCAUAUCCAAGCAGAGGCAGAACGUCUGCAUGCAGAGGCAGAAAGUCUGCGCGCAGAGGCGGACUCGCUCCAAGGAGGGGAAGUUGGCAGUCCCUUUCAAGCAGAGCAGGCUGAAGAUUCUCUCCAGGUAGAGAAAGUCGGCGACUCUCUCCAAGCACAAAAGGCCGCCGACUCUAUUCAAACAGAGAAGGUUGACGACUCUCUCAAAGUAGAAGAGGCCGCGGGCUCUCCCCAAGCAGUGGAGCCAAAGGCGGCAAGGCUAUCGCCAAAACAAGGAUUCAUCCUGCCACAGGUCAUCCCUAUGGGCACGAUAACUAGGAGAGCGGUUGAGAACACUUGGCUUACGGCAAGCAAUGCCAAAAAGAACAGGGUGGGCUCGGAGCUAAAGGCCAUGAUAAAGGCGCCGCCCGGGUAUUCGUUUGUGGGCGCAGACGUGGACUCGGAGGAGCUAUGGAUCGCCAGCGUGCUCGGCGAUGCUGUCUUCAAGCUGCACGGUGGCAACGCCAUCGGCUUCAUGACGCUCGAGGGCACCAAGGCGGCCGGGACCGAUCUGCACUCCCGGACGGCAAGCAUCCUCGGAAUCAGCCGCAACCAAUCCAAAAUCUUCAACUACGGGCGCAUCUACGGUGCUGGGCUCAAGUUUGCAUCGCAGCUGCUGAGACAGUUCAACCCAUUGCUAUCGGAGAGCGAGACCAGCGAGACGGCCACCAAGCUGUACGCGGCGACCAAGGGUGCCAAGACCAACCGCAGUGCCCUCUAUAGCAGGCCGUUCUGGAGGGGCGGUACCGAAUCGUUCGUUUUCAACAAGCUCGAGGAGUUUGCCCAGCAGGAGCGGCCGCGCACUCCCGUCCUCGGCGCGGGCAUCACCGAGGCUCUCAUGGCCCGGUACGUGUCCAAGGGCGGCUACCUGACGUCUCGUAUCAACUGGGCAAUCCAGUCUUCGGGCGUUGACUACCUCCACCUGCUCAUCGUGUCGAUGGACUAUCUUAUCCGUCGCUACGACAUCGAUGCUCGGCUAGCCAUCACGGUGCACGACGAGAUCCGGUACCUGGUAAAGGAUUGCGACAAGUACCGUACUGCCAUGGCGCUGCAGGUGUCUAACCUGUGGACGCGCGCCAUGUUCGCCGAGCAGGUCGGCAUCCGCGACCUUCCGCAGUCCGCCGCCUACUUCUCGGCCGUUGACAUCGACCACGUCCUCCGCAAGGAGGUAGACAUGGACUGCAUCACGCCCAGCCACGCCGAGCCGAUCCCGCAUGGCGAGAGCCUCGACAUUACCGCCCUACUCGACAGAGGCACCGAGGCCUUCCUAAACCCAGCCACGACCCCUCGCCGAGGACGGGAGCCCAAGCUGGACGAUAUUGAGUACACGCCACGCAAAACAGUUAUGCAGGAGCUGGCCGAGGCCGACCCCGCCACGAGCGACAUAUCCUUCAUCAAGGCCCAGAUCACGGGCGACGGCGUGGAGCUCAGGAGCAUCGUGGCUCAGAAGCGCCAGGCGGACACCCCAGCGCCGUCAUCCCCAUCCUCUGCCGUCAAGAGUGUGAAAAAAACGGCUGGCAGCGCUGGCGUGACCAGGGCGAAGAAGAGCGUGCUGCCGUACCACGCACAACCCAAGCUACCUUAUAUGGACGAGAUCAUUUCCAUUUCAGACGCCUACAGCAUCUUCAGACAAACUAACGGCCCGGCUGCCAACAAGUCGACGCGUCCAUGGCAGAGCCAGUGUGGUUCCAAGGCUCCGCCCACUCGGCAGUCGCCAACCCGCUUGUGA